GUCUCAGUCUUGUUGUCACAGGAGUGAGGGGCGCCUUCUCGCUGCUCCGGCGCUCUGGGAUUACUAACCUUUUUUUUUUUUCUCCAAGAAGCAAAACUUUGCUCAGACUAACUGCUCCGCCUUCUUACCGAGACAUUACCGAUGUAUUCCCCGUUUCACCGUCUUUUCUGAGAGACUACGACGUUCUUUUUUUUUUUUUUUAAAUUCACACUGGAGCUACGAAGCAAACAAUAAGACUCCCCGACAGCUGCUGUCUUUAACCCUGCGCGGUGGAGCGUCGUUGACAGAUCAGGAAGUUUGUUGGAGGCGAAACCUUCUCAGAGGGAGAAUCUCAAAGGGGGGGUAUUAACCCCUGAAGCACCCCAUCACCCCGCCGUACCGAGGUCACUUCCUGAGAGGAGUAGGAGGAGCUAAAGGUCAGUGGAUUAUUGGAUCGUUGGACGUGAGAAAACCUGUCUGUGGGAGGUGAAUCCGCUGAGGGGGCCAUGUGUUUCUGCUGAGGUCUCACCUCCACUGCCAACAUGAGGCUGACGCCCGGCUCGCCUCCGCCCGUCCUGCCCGCCGUCCUGGCUCUCACCGUGGCCGCCUUCUUACCUCGGCUGUCCUCAGGAGCCACGCCGUUCCCCCAAGACCUGGAACCAAUCAGCAUCGUGGGCAGAGAGACCUCCUACCUCUACCCGAGCUUCCAGGGGCUCAUGUCGGACAAUGACACCGUCCGUCUGGGUUUGGACUUCCAGAGGAUGCUGAGGAUCAACCACAUGCUCUACAUCGCUGCCCGGGACCAUGUGUUUGCUGUCAAUCUGGCCUCUUCAUCUGAGCAGAUAAUCCCCCAGCAGAAACUGACUUGGAAGACGAAGGAUGUGGAGAAGUGCACUGUGAGAGGGAAGAACAGCGAUGAAUGUUACAACUAUAUCAAAGUGCUGGUGCCGCGCAACGACGAGACGCUUUUCGCCUGCGGUACCAACGCCUUCAACCCCACCUGCCGUAACUACAAGAUGGCGACACUGGAGCAGGAGGGGGAGGAGGUGGUGGGUCAGGCUCGAUGUCCCUUCGAGUCCCGCCAGUCCAACGUCGGCCUUUUCGCAGGUGGUGAUUUCUACUCAGCCACCAUGACAGACUUCCUGGCGAGCGACGCAGUGAUUUACAGGAGUCUGGGAGAGAGCAGCCCCGUUCUGCGUACAGUAAAGUAUGACUCCAAAUGGCUGCGAGAGCCCCAUUUCCUCCACGCCAUCGAGUACGGGAACUAUGUGUACUUCUUCUUCAGUGAGAUCGCAGUGGAGUACACAACUCUUGGCAAGGUGGUUUUCUCCAGAGUGGCACGUGUUUGUAAGAACGACAACGGCGGCUCACCGAGGGUGCUGGAGCGUUACUGGACGUCGUUCCUCAAAGCGCGGCUGAACUGCUCCGUCCCCGGCGACUCCUUCUUCUACUUUGACGUCCUGCAGUCGCUGACGAACGUGCUGCAGAUCAACCACCGGCCGGCCGUGCUCGGAGUCUUCACCACACAGGCAAACAGCAUCACCGGCUCGGCAGUGUGUGCUUUCUACAUGGACGACAUCGAGAAGGCGUUCAGUGGCAAGUUCAAGGAGCAGAGGAACAGCGAGUCGGCCUGGACACCUGUUCCCGAGGAGCAGGUCCCCAAGCCGAGGCCGGGAUGCUGCGCCGGCGAGGGAUCAGCCGCAGCCUACAAGUCGUCCACAACUUUCCCUGACGACACCCUGACUUUCAUCAAGUCAUACCCGCUCAUGGACGAGUCCGUGCCCUCGGUCAACGACAGACCCUACUUCACCCGCACCACCAGCAGAUUCAAGUUGACCCAGAUAGCGGUGGACACGUCUGCGGGGCCGUACAAGAACUACACGGUGGUUUUCCUGGGCUCGGAUAACGGCCAUGUGCUGAAGAUCCUGGCCAGCACCGAGGGAGCCAACGCAUCUUUCAACACCCAGGUCCUGGAGGACAUCGACGUCUACAACCCCAACAAAUGCAACGUGCAGGGCGAGGACAGGAGGGUGCUGGGCCUCGAGCUGGAUCGGGACCACCAUGCGUUGUUUGUGGCGUUCUCCAGCUGUGUGAUUCGGGUGCCGCUGAGCCGCUGCUCUGACUACAGCUCCUGCAAGAAGAGCUGUCUGUCCUCACGGGACCCUUACUGCAUAUGGAUCAAGUCAGGCACAUGUGCCACCGUCUUACCGGGCUUCAAAGGCGGGUUUGAACAGGAUGUGGAGAACGGUUACCAUCAGCACCCUGAUACCUGCCACGAUGUGCUGGCGACCACCCGAAGGCAGAACACGCCGCUAGAUUCAGCGUAUGGGAAGACCACACCCACAAGCGCCAGCACAACCUUUCAUGGGGCGGCGUUCCCAAAGGAGGCAGGUGACCCUGAAAGAGGUACAGGUCCUGAUGGCCCUCCCUCCGUGGGGGAACAAGGGUCACCUGACUCGGAGCCAAUCAGUGUGGAGAUUGAGGGUGUGAGGCGUCCACCAGAUCUGGAGAAGACCAAUCACAGUGUCCAUUACACUCUCCUGAUUGCUUGUGUGUUGGUGGCCUUCGUUCUCGGCGCCUUCCUGUCUGGCUUCCUGGUCUCCUGCUAUUGCAACCACACAGGCCACAAGACCAAGAAGUUGUCCAAAGAUCCCGAGGCUCCGAUCCCACACGCCCUGUCUCUCCGCAGCCUCGCCAAGCUCAAUGGCCUCCUGGACAGCCAGAGCAAGGACGACAAGCUGGAGGUUUCAUCUCCAAAGAUCUACAACUCUUUCUUUGCAAACAGCAAGGAGCAUCAUCAACCCAGGAGAAAUGGCCAUCACGGGAUGACAAUGGACGACCUGGUCUACCAACAUCACCACCACCACCUCCACCAUUCGUCGGAGCUGUCUGGUCUGCCUACACCAGAUUCCACCCCAGAGCUGCCCAUAAAGAGCAUGAAAGCUUUCAAAAACCAGUGGGAGAAGAACCAGAAUUGUAACAACGCCAAGGAGCCCAAGUCUCACAACAUAGGAUCCAGGCCCAGCUCAGCCCUGCUUCACCAGCAGAUCUUCCCGUACUCCCAUGGCCUGUCUAAUGGGCAGCCACUAGUCGGGGGUCACCUCCACCCGGACGAACGCAAAAUCCACAAUGUAGAGCGUGUUUUAUCUCAGCAACCGUAUCCUGGUUACUCUCAGAAGGUGAUGGAGGUGACCUCGCUGGAUGAGCUCCUGAAGCACAUCCACGAGGCGAGCAGCAGCAAGAACUCCCAGUUAAUGAGUCCAUCCGGUCUGAUGGCCAGCGGUGGCGUGGGUCAUCUAGCAUUCUCCAAUCGUAUCCAACCUCAGAUUCCUGAGACAGAAUCCGCCCCCUACUACAGCUCUUCCACCUUACCCAGAGACAGCCUCACCCGACGCAUGGACGUUCCUCCAGACAUUCCCCUGCAUCACCAGUCCACCCUGGAGAGGAGGCACUCAUCCCAGAGGCACUCCCUGAUCGCUGCCGCCACCAAGAUGCCCAAUGGUAGCGCAGGAGGAGGAGGAGGAGGAAUGAUCCCUCGCCAACACAGCUUUAGCCAACGGAACGGUGGGCCACACCAACAGCCGCCCCUUCUGGCUCGAAUGAACUCAACAGGCAGCGCCUGCGAGGUCCACUACCCCCUCAUUCCCAACGGAUACCUGGCACGCCAGCACAGUUACAACGGAGACCAGCAAGAGGUCCAACAUAGGGGAGCGAUCGUCCGCCGGGCCUCCUCUCUUAAACCUGACGUCCCUCCCAAGCCCCUGUUCAUACCUGCCACGUCCCCAGUCAACCAGCAGGGAAAGUUCAACUACUGAGGAGGCACACUCCUGGACUUAAAGAGUGAGUCUCCCUCAUUGUGUCUUCAUGAAGGAACUUUCCUUUAAAGACAACAUGCAAUGGGUUAGAGGAUGCAGACCCUCCCAAGAAAACACUACCAAUUGGGUGGCAGCCAGUGUCACUGUGGACGAAAGCCUCAACCAAACUUGUUUUUCCCUCUUCUUUUUGUCCAACGGAUAUCUUUGUACCAUAUUGGUAUUGCUCAGCUACUUGCUUAUUAUAGAACUGUUGACUUGGGUGACGUGAAGCCACCUCCUGAUAUAUUAGGCUGCCAAUGUCCUCAGUGUGGAUUUACAAUGCAACUUAGUUUUUGGGCACAUUGAUGUUGGAAAAAAAACUGAACACAUCAGUCAUCUUGAAGACUUUAAAACCGGAGGCUCCUGCAAUGCUUAGAUUCAUGCUUUUGCUUAACCUUUUCUGAUGUAGUGUUGGUAACCAGUCCCCACCCGCCCCACCCUCGAAUGUGUUUAUAUUAUGCAUGUGUGUGUAUAUAUAUGUGUGUUUAUAUUCACACCGUAUAUGUAUACAUAUACAUAUGCAGUAUAUGUAACCUGUGGUGAAAAGUCAGCAGAUUCCCCUGAAAGUAGUUAUGUCUUUGCCUUACUAUACUCUUUCAUCUUUGGGCAUAUCAAAUGAUCCCCUAAACACCCUGAGGAGUACCUCAGGGUCACCGCAUCAUGCACUUCAUCGGUUAACGCUCGUUGUCAGAUGGCUAAAACAGUGAACCAAAUUUGUUCAUGUUGUCAAGAGAGAGAGAAAAUUCUUCAACAAAGCAGCUAUCCUAGCCUUCUCUCUUUCUUUAUCCCGUCCCAGCAGACAUCAGGUUCAAAGAGACGCAGUCCAUUCAAAUUCCUCGAGAAUGUUUUUCUUCAGAUUGGUGCUCUACAAAUCCGUAGUGGGAUAGUCGUAAAAUAAAAAAAAAAGAAAGAAGGUAUUCUCAUAAAUAUUUUGCACCCAAAGAGGAUGCACGCCGUGCUGUAUGGCUUCAUGGGAAAUGAACAAAAAAUAAAGAAAAGACCACGGUUAUUAUAAGGAUUAACUUUGUGGCUAUUGGGUGUAAAUAAAGGAAUAAUUACUAGCCAAAUUUUAACUGUAUGUGUAAAUGUGUGCCUUAUUUAAUAAUAGUGUGUGACAUGGGGGUAGGGGUAAAUGCAAGGGGCUCAGGUGGCGACUAAGCUACAGUAUAUUGUAGGUGUUUCAUUUUUUAUGGUCGUCCGUGUGUCAUACGGUAUCUUACUGUACAUCUGAAGAGUUUCAUUCCAGAAUGAGAUAUUUGUCAUUUUGAGAACUGCAGUUAUGAUUGUAACACUCACUAAUGAAUCAUACUUUGAGUUAUAUCUUUGACUAUAUUGAGCCUUUUUUCGUUUGUUUUUGUACAAUAUGCCAUUUAAAAAAAAAAAAAAGAUUAAACACGAAAUAUAUAUUUAGUUUUUUCAGGAUGGAUCCAGUGUUUUUGGAAUGAAACCCUUCAUUUCUUCUUCUCUGUUUUUCUUUUUCCCCAAACGUGUGAGCCUACAGAUUGUGUUUGACAGCGCAACUACGCACAGCCUGAGACUGCAGACUUUCGGGUUUGAUGCCUCCAGUUUUACGUCACUUUCCACUGGGUGUCACUUUCCCUAUAGGUGCCAAUAUUAACUCUUAGUUUUUAUUUUUUCCGCUGUAGCUUCAGCUUGGCUUCCUUAAGGAGCAGCUUGCAGUUCCUCACACGUUAUGACCUACAGACUUGUAGCCUUUGUAGAAGUCCAUGGAGUAUGAAUGAUCAGCGAAAUGUCAUAUAAGUUUGUCCUUAUUCAGAGGAGAUUUUCUUUCCACCAUUUUGUUUUACUUUUAUAUAAAAGUCAGCAGAAUGAAGACAUGGACCUGAACCAUAGGCUGUACAUUAGAAGUGGACGAAGUCUCAUGUUACAUAGCUGGGCUUAAAUAUUUCAUUUUCAAUGUCCAGCAGGGGGCGACUCCACUAGUUGCACAGAUAUAAUACUUCUUGUAUGGGAACAAAGAGAAAAUGACCCAACUUUUGAGUUAAUAAAUUACCAAAGUAAACAUUUUCAUGAUGAAUUAAGGGUCUUAUUAGUGUCGAGUGUCUCUAACUCUACUCGAUAUUCAGUUUGUAAACUGUAGUCUUAUAUUGAGUAAAAACAAACAAGAAAGACGAUUAAGCGGGGUAUGAUUUAGGCUGGGAUUGACCAGUUGUUACCAAGGCAACCUGUCAACCAGGUUAGAGCAUAUAGACUGUAUAAACAAAUGGACAGCGUGCCUCAGCCUCCUCCUGUUGAACAGGAUGAAGCCAAGACCCCCAAUACCAAACCUGAGACUUCAAAAUAUUUGUCUCCAAACCAGUGGGUGGGCUCAUGUGGUCUUUGUCCACUUCUUUUCCAUGCAGUCUAUGAGUCGGACUUCUACAAAGGUUACGCUGUAGAGUUUAACAUACCUGUGUCACCAGGUGUCGAACCAAAUGGGAACGACAGGUGUGAAGGGAGUGUGUUGAGACAUUGAGAAGUGCAAUGACCUCUGAUUUUCGACGAGCUGAGAUUUUCUUCUUGGAUCGAUCCAAUCGUGGAAUCGGGGCUCCCAUCGCUGCCAAACAUCCGCUGAGGUAUUUCCCUCAGGGAUGGUGACGCCGUGCAGUCGGCCUCCACCUCGGGAAACAACAGCACUGAGACUUUCUCGCACCGCUCAGUCGAGUCAGCCGCAGCCACGAUCAAUUCUGUAAAGACAACAGCUCUACACUAUUUACUGUAUCAGAAAGUGGUGUUUUAAAUUGAUUGAAAUUCCCCAGAGCUCAGCUGACCCCUUAUGAAGUUUGCUACUCAAACUCUCGUAAAUAAAUGAAAACAGGGCCGACCGUAACGUUCGAUGAAGUGAAAGUUGAUUUGGAUUUUUAACAAGCAGCAGAGCGUUAAAUAGCUUUUGAGCUCCAAAUAUAAAACAUCCGACUUGAUUAAAGGUUGUGACCGUAAUGUUUCAUAAGAGGAAGUGUGGCAGCUACAGCGUCGGAGCAGACGUGUUUUUUUUUUUUUUUAUCUGCCGGUGACAGAUUGUAUUGGAGUGCAGCGGUCUCACCUCUGUCGGCUCGAUCAGUAUUUGAUUUGGUGUAAAUACAUUCUAUCUGGGCGGGGUCUCAUUGAUUCAGUAUUAUGUUUUUAUUUUUAUUUUCUGUUUGAUUUCCAGGCUUUCGUCUUUUGAAUUACUAUGAAUUUGGUCUCACAGAAAUACCAUUGUAUGUCUCUUAUACUAGGAAUAAAAUGAGAAUAUGA